UUUGUUUGUUAAAAGUACAGCGGGAGAUGUACUUUUGGGGGAAGGAGAGGAGAUGGCGAGGAAGAGAGAAAGUCCCAAGCUUGUCAAAAUCAAAGACGCCAUUAAUCUCAUCAACCAACGCGUUAGUCUAAUCGGUAUCGUUAUUGAACAAAGAGAACCUAAACAAUGUCGCAACAAUGAUUGGAUUUGUACGCUUCGUGUAAUUGAUGAUACAUACCCAAGUCCUGGAUUUACAGUAAAUGUAUUUAGUAACACUCUUGAACAACUUCCUCAAAUCAAGAACUACGACGAUAUGAUUCUCUUUACACGCAUCAAGAUGCAAACUUUUGAUAGUGGUAAAAGAGUAAAUGCUGCUUGUGAUAGAUGGGUUGCUUCGUUUGCGCUGUUCGAAGGAGGAGGUACUGGCAAGGAUUUUGUUUGUUACCAAUGCUCUUCGAAUUUUCAUGAAGAAGAAGCACUAUACAAGAGUUCCAUGGAUGAUCUACGCAAAGUGUUUGCCGGUUCUAGCGGAUUUCUUAAAGCUCAGAGUUCGAUUUACAGAGUAACACCUUGCUCCCAAGAAAAAAUUUCAUUCUUGAGAGAGAUCAAGAAUGGAAAAUGCUUUGAUUUGGUGUGCAAGAUCCUCCAUGCCGAUGAACAAAUGAGCACCGUUUUUGUAUGGGAUGGAACUGAUGCUCCCCCAGCAUUUAUUCUGGCAACGGGAGUCGAAGAAGACGAGGCAUUUAGCAGUCUCUCAGUUAACACUUUUCUGUCCAGAGAUACAUUGCUCAGCUUUCCAACACUUGGAACGAUCUUGAGAGUUUCUCUAAGCAGUCAUCUAUUUCAUCAGGUUAAACCUGGUGACUGGGUGAAACUUUACCAUUUACACUGUGAAGUUGAUAGGGGAUCUUGGGUAGGUAAAGUUACCAACUCUACAAAGGUUCGUCGCGCUCAAGAUGAUUGUUUAGUUGAAAAGAUAAUGAGGAUAUAUGAUAAGAGAAUAGCGUCAAAGUUGGGACACAUUCCAUAUUGGAGUUUUCCGUCGCCUCCUGGAUUAACAGAGACAGAUGACAAUUGUGCUCCAUUUGUUUCACUGAUGGACAUCAUAACAUUCCCCAAAGUUACAUGCAAGUACAAAUGCAUUGUUCGGGUUGUAGCUGCAUACCCUUGGCAAGUAGAAGAUUUCUGUUCAGAUGAGAAUCGCCGGCACCGAGUUUUGUUGACAUUGGAGGAUCCAAUAGCGACUUUAGGUGCUUUCUUAUGCGAUAAAGAAGCAGAGUACUUUUGGGGUUUAGGAUUUCAGGACACACAGAUAUUGAGGAAUAAACGGAAUCGGUUGCUUGGAAUAAGGGGAUUCUCCAACUUGGGUGCUCCAAGAAAUCCACCAUGGAUUGAGUGUUGUAUCUUCUCCUACUAUACUCAUAAAGCUGACCCAUGGACGACCAGAAAAUACAGAAUCUUUGGUACUCGCCUUCUUGAUUAAGCUUUGUUAAGACUAAAUAGUUUAGUAUUAGGAGUUUAAUACAUAGAUCGAUGUCAAGAAUGUUGGAUGUAGCUAACCAAAAGAACCUCUUCAUGGUAUAAUGUAUCAAGAAUCAUAAGAUGAAUUUUCAGAAAAAUAAAGAGAGCUAAAUAAGCAAAUCAUGUCCUUACAA